AUGAACAACCAACAUGACCAUCAUCAAGGUAUUGGUCCUAUUGACCACCCCGAGGCCAUGAACAACCUGCUGGAUCAGAAUCGUCCGUGGAAUUUGGAGAAUGAGGAAGAGCCCUACAAUCGAUUCCAUCCAAAUCCACAAAGACAACAACAACAUCAGCAUCAGAUGCAACAAGAUCCUCGAUAUGAUCUAUCUCACCACAAUCAAUUUUAUCCUGAUAUUCGAAGAGAACAAAAUCAGAUGGAUAAUCAAAAUCAUGGGCAGCAGCUUCCAAAUAAUGACAAAGUGGAUCAGCAACGAGACCACCAGAACAACCAAAUCCAACAGCAGCAAAACCGCAUUUUUCCACAUUUUCAGCUGCAGGAGAACGGACAGCAGCACCUGAACCAUCAGAACCAACAGAGGAUUUACGAGCAUGGUCAAAUGAAUCAGAUGCAUCAACGGGAUCAACAGCCACAGCUACAACUUCAGCACAAUGGCGAGCAGCAGCAUCUCAAUCAACAUCAGAUUCAUCGGCAUGGUCGAAUGAAUCAAAUGCACCCUCACCAGCUACAUCCACAUUUUGUGAAUCAACAAGGACCACAGAACCAGCCACACCCGCACCCAGCUUCUCAGAAGGGACGUCAGCUGAACCAGCAGCAUCGGAACCUGCAGCACCAUGCUCGUCCCAAUCGCCACCAUCAGCAGUCGAUCCAAAUCCAUCAAACUCCAGCUCUUCUGCCAAACCAAUGGAACCAUAACCAGCAGUUGCAACAGUGGAAUAAACAUCACAUGCUUCAUCCGCACUUUCAGCACCUCAACUUCCAGCAACAGCCUCCAGGACACGGGCAUCAUCAAGUUCAACGGAAUGCCAAUCGGUACAAUCCCAUAUUCAAUGAUCAAGCGAGAAGAGGACGUCCGGAAGGAGCAGCAAUGGGACUUCAAAAUGGCUUUGUGGAUCAUCAAAGCGCUCAUCAGAUGUCAAGGCAGACCACUCCGGGUCCGAUGUCGAUGCUCCAUGCUCCAGUUCCACAGGAUCCGAUUCCUGAAGGUGAGACACAUACGGUUUAUUUAAAAAAAACGGUAUUUUCAGUUGAACUUCAGCAUCAGCAUGGUCCAGUUGAGCCAGAGAAAGCCGAAGAGCACAAAGCUCUUGAGCUGGUAGCUGCAAGGCAGAGAGAGGAGAUCAAGUUGCUGACUGAUGCCAACAUGAAGCUCCGUCUAGAAGUGGAGACUAUCAACACUCGCAGGAAUGAAGAGAGGAUGGAGUUCCAGAGAAAGAUUGAGAAAAAAGACGGCGAAAUCGAAGAAUUGAAAUCGGUCGCAUUCGAGACUGGGCAAAAGAAUCAGCGGCUGGAGAUUCAGAACAAGGAGUUUGAGCAGAGGCUCAGAAGAUUUGAAGAGGGUAAGUUCCAUAUUUACACAAAAAAAAACUUACGAAUUUCUUCUUCAGGAGUCAACCAACCGAUGUCUUUGGGAUUCCAUCAGUCAGCGUCAUCAGGAUUCCACCAGCCCUUGCCUUCUGCAUUCAACCUGCCUGCGUCGUCAGGGUUUAUCCAGCCGACGUUUUCCGGCUUCAACCAACCGACGGAUUCUGGAUUCCAUCAGCCGACGUCAUCAGGUUUCAACAAUCCGACGUCUUCAGGAUCCCAUCAGCCGACGUUGUGGUCAGCAGCCGCUCCAGCUCCGAUGACUUCUGCAGGUCCCAAGAUUCGGCCGAUGAAGAUCAAGAAAGAGCCUUCUGAUGAGUCCUAUCGGGACAUGAUCGUCGACGAAUCCGAAGUCAAGGUGCAGAAAAUUGUGCGCCAGCCAAAAAGAAGGAUCCCCACUACUGUCCAGAUGCGGGAACUCCCGAAGACCGGAUCCGAAGCUCUUCAUCGGUGGGAGCAGGAGUUCAAGAACAAAGAGGUUCUUCCAGCUCGCUUCAAGAUCCAGAAGUUCCUAUUCGAUCCCAGCACAGUCAGAGUGGAUGACAAUAAAUGGGAUCCCCAGGUGGUCACAAAGGCUACGAAUCCAAGGAUGUUCUUUUUGAACCAAGUGGUCCAUGGAUGCGGAGAAAUCGGAGGAUGGGAUGCUGUGAAAUCAUCAAAGGAGCGGAAGGACAGAUGGGAUGCGCGUUGGACCAUGCUGAGAGAUGAGCAGCAUCUACAGUAUGCUGCUGGUCUAAUUUUUUUCAAAGGGGAUUACGAGUUUUUGAAUCAAUCCCGGAAUCAGAAUUCAGAAACCCCGAGUUGUUGA